AUGGCGGACAGGAGCCAGGACCGGAGCCUGCGGGAGGAGCUGACGUGUGCCAUCUGCUGCGAGCUCUUCAGUGAGCCCGUCAUGCUGGACUGCAUGCACCACUUCUGCAAGGCCUGCAUCCAGGGCUACUGGGAGAGCUGUGCCCGCGUCCCAUCCUGCCCCCAGUGCCGCCGCGAGUUCCCCAGCCCAGCUUUCCGCACCCACUACCUGCUGUCCGGGCUGGUGGAGAAGGUGCGGCGCUGCGGCUCCGAGGAGCACCGGCACAAGAUGCAGAAGCACCUGGAAGAUGCUUUGCAAGCUCGUCAGAAGGAGAUGGAGAACUUCUUGCGGAAGAAGCGUGCGAUGCAGGAAGAUAUCUGUGGCCUGACGAAGGUGUCUGGGGAGCUGAACUUCAAGAUCCGGGCAGAGUUUGCCCGCCUUCAUCAGAUCCUGGAGGAAAAGGAGAGCGCUGUGCUGGCAGAACUGGGUGAAAAGGAGGAGCAGUUGCUGGCACGGCUGCACAGGAACGUCCACCAGCUGGAGGAGGGGAUGUCGGUGCUGCAGAGGGACAUAGAACACAUAGAGCAGACCCUGAGCAAGGUGGAAGAAGUGUCAUUGCUGGAGGUGGAGAGCCUGGAUAUCAGGCCCUCGGUGCACGUUGAGACCCAGCCUGCCUUCGACCUGGAGCACUACAGGGACAGCUGCAGCGGCCCCUUGCAGUACAUCUUCUGGAGACAGAUGCUGCGGUCCAUCUGCCCUGCUCCUGCCCCGCUCACCUUUGACCCUGAGUCAGCCCACCCCAACCUGGUCUUCUCCAGAGACUUGACAGCAGUGACAGAGAGGAAUCGAGCCCAGCCCGUGCCCAGCAGCCCCCGGCGCUUCCGUCAGUGCGUCAAUGUCCUGGGCUCACAGACCUUCAACAGCGGCCGGCACUACUGGGAGGUCUGGGUGGGCAGCAAAACCAAGUGGGACCUGGGGGUGGCUGCCGAGGCUGUGGACCGGGCGGCGAAGGUCAAGUUGUGCCCGGAGAACGGCUACUGGACACUUCGCCUGCGGAACAGGACGGAGUACUGGGCCACCGCCACCCCAUGGGUGCGCCUGACUCCCCGCCGCCCCCCCCGGAAAGUGGGGGUCUUCCUGGACUGCCAGGAGGGCACUGUCACUUUCUUCGAUGCUGGCGACAUGUCCCACCUCUUCACCUUCCACCAGGUCUCCGCGGAGAGAUACUGCCCCUUCUUCAGCACCUGCUUCAGCGAUGGGAGGGACAACAUGGAGCCCAUGCGCCUCUGCCACCUGGCUCUGUGA